AGUAACAUUAUGGAAUAGUAUUUUUUUAAUUUGCAACUAUUCCUGAAAUUAUUAAAUUAAAAUGUCCAUGAAUUAUAAUAAUUAUUAAAUUAAACAAUAAAAACACCAGCAACAAUACCCAACUGGACGCCUUCUGCCCUAUUUUGAGGGGGUCAUCUUACCCUAAGGGUCUGUCUUUAACUAUUCACAUCAAAAUAAUAUUCAGUGUCCAUAAAUACCAUUUAACAAAUAUACAUAAAAACAUCUUACCCUGUUUGUGUUGCUUUUUCACAGGUAUGCUUUCCUCAAAGUGCUUCCAGGAAGUUAUGACAUCACCGCCUCCCAUGCCUCAUGGACCAUGGAGCAGAGCUCAACCACUGUGGUUGUGUCAAAUGAAAAUGCCCCCGCCGCAGUUCCUCUUGUGGUAAAGGGCUAUGAUGUCUCUGGAGAGGUGCAGAGUGAUAGUGAACCCAUGAAAGGAGUCAGCUUCCUCCUUUACUCUGCCAGUGUAACACAGGAGGAUAUCAAUGGCUGCAAUGUGGCUCCUGUGGAUGGGGCUUUAGUUGGCGACCCCUCCCUUGUGUAUUUGUGCAGUUCCCAAUCUCGUGAGGAUGGCACUUUCUCAUUCCCCUGCUGGGUGGACCGAUAG